AUGGGUAGUGGGUUUUUUAAGGAAGAAGCAAGAAGUGCUGCUAAUAAAGCUGAUAAGCUAUCGGAUCAAGUUGUUGCAAACGGAGAUGUGAGGCAGAUUAAUGGGGCUGUUGCUGAAGACAAAUCGUUUGAUAUUGAUGAUGGCGGUGGCCUCUACAAGUGCAUUGGUGUUGAUCAUCUUCUGCGACUUGUUGAUUGUCUUCUUGACUCGCAUAUUCUUGCUCAAAAAUUCAACGGGAAUAAUGCUCAACGUACACUGCUUUGGAAAGCUGGUUUUAAAGUCCAUCAUACCUAUUUUUGUUGCAGUAGUAACGAUGCGCUGUUCACGACACUGCUGGUACGUUGUGUUGUACAGCUGGAAUUAGUGGAUGCUGUAUGUAGCAUUCUGUUCGGCCCGGAGUCAUUGAAAAAGUGUUUUGGGUUUGUGCUCGAAUAUUCCAGUUUUUCAGGUGUUGAUCAUCUUCUGCGACUUGUUGAUUGUCUUCUUGACUCGCAUAUUCUUGCUCAAAAAUUCAACGGGAAUAAUGCUCAACGUACACUGCUUUGGAAAGCUGGUUUUAAAGGACGAAGUAAACCAAAUCUUUUAAGACAGGAAACGCAUAGCGUCCGAACAGCGCUAAAUAUCUUGUACAGAUUGUACAGCGAUGUUGGAAGAACUACAGCGAAACAGAAAGUCACUGUUAAAAAGAAGUUACUAAAGGUGCUUGUCGAUGCACUGAGUUAUUACAGUGAACUAAAUUCCGAGCAACAUAGACAGGCAUGGAUUUCUGUGAUACAUCUGCUGUUGGAGCGAACUAAUGCAUUCUCAUCAGCGCAGCUUGUUGAUCUCGGACAAGAUUAUGCGCUGGAUUUGUGUCGUUUGGUUGAAUGUGAUAUGCGUGAAGAUCUUCGGAUUGCUCUGAGCCGGGUUAUCAAAAAAGCCAUUUGUAUAAGUUAUACCACUUAA